CUGGACCGUAACUGGUGUGUUGUAUCCGAACUAGACCAGUUAACCGUCGAUCCAUACCAACCACUCCAACCAAACCUCACUCGACAAGCGGCAGCAGCAGCCACAACCACAUCCACCACCAGCCAGGACGACGGCCCCCCCUCGUACCCCUUCUUCUUCCUCCGUCCCAAAACACUCGCUACGCCGUCUUCUCCUGCAUGCAGCCUUAGCAGCGACCAGCGGCACCCUGUCCCUUUCCUUCUGAUUGCUUGCUCAGCUGUUGUCCACAAGACCGCCGGCAGGAUCUGGAUCUGACAGGGACUCCACUGCUUCCUUGUGGACCCGCGGAUACCUAAUCAUAGCGCAGAUUUCCGCCCUGUGGCCUUGUACCUUUCACUCGUCCAGCACAGCACAGCACACCAGCAGCCACGCCCACACUGCCGUGGAGCACACCAGCAGCAGGAGCACCAAUUGAUCGGUUGCAGGAGCACGCUGGUCCCAUUUCUGCUUUGUUCACACUUCGAUACUCGGAGAACGUGACUGAGCCUCAAUUUCAACCUGGGCCACGAAAUUGAACCCCUCGCCCCCGUCAGCGAUAUUCCUCCUCCCCUCCCUUUCUCUCGAGUGGACAAUGCCAUGACGAUGCGAAUCACGACCGCCGCGAGAUCCCGAUUCCCUUCAGCCCCGCCCCCUUCUCACGACGGCUUGGCCUCGUCCAGAUAAUCUGCACCAGACCAAGAUGCAGGCUGUCCCCAGUUUAGUUGGGACCGGCACCGUCGUUGCCGCUGCUUCUUCUGGCCUUGUCUUUGGCCAGCCCUCCGACUCGACCCUCCCCGCCUCUUCCCAACGACAAUCACGGCCCUCUUCCCCCCUGGUGCGAAAAGUGUUUACCGACUUUAGUGUCGACAGCAGCUCGAGAGCCACGCCUACGCCUCCCCCAGCCUCGCGCCCAGGAACGAGCCCUGCGGUCAGUCUAUCACAACUUGGCGACGGGCAUUCCGGCCCCACUCAUGACCACCACCACUGUGCGCCACUCUACUCCCACCCACUCAGUGGCAACGGCCAGCCAGCAUCGGCGGGCAAGCAGGUCACCCCACCAAAGGCACCAAGUCGACGACAGUCGUACAUCCGGGCAGCUGAGGUCGCCCCGAGCAUCAACGAGAGUUCCCGAGACUCUUUUCAGUCCCACCAGAGCAGCUCCUGGAUAAGGCGACUCUCCUUGCGGCCUAGUUCGCAGCAGGACAGCCCUAGGUCCAGUCUCGGUCCAGAUUCGUCCAUUUCCUUCUCUCAGGCCUCUGGCUCGGUCGUGCUCUCUCCUACGGUCUCAUUGACGCCGACGGUACCGCCGAACAAGCUGAUCAAGCGAUUUGGGUCCACUCAUGAGAGCUUGUUUGCCCGGCGCCAGUCCAAGGGAGAGAUUCCGACCCUACGACGGCCUGCUACGAGCCACCAGCGGUCUGCCACGGUCCAGCAGCUGCCGGCCUCACCAGAUACAGACAUGCCGUUCGACAAUAUGUCGCUGGACCAGGUGUCACGACCCCGUGCCUCGACGACUGGACAGACGCAUGCACCUCUGAGACUCCAAGAGCCCUCGAAUUGGACGUCCUUCUUUCACAUGAGGAGAGUGAAGACAGCCAGACGUGCGAACGUAAAGAGCCCCAGUGCUGAGAGCAGUCUUUUGGACUAUCCCUUACCCAAGAUGAGAAUCCGUGUCCGGCAUGGCAGUUUUCCUCGCCCGUUCUUGGUAAAACCGCAGUCCAUAUCGGAUGCAACCUUUGAGGUAGCUAUGGCUGAAUCAGAACUGGAUCGGCCCUUCACCAUGGAGACGUCGGGUCGUUCUGAAUUAAGUGCCCGGGACUCUGAUCAGGUAUUGUCAGAGCAGUCCGACAGCACCUCGACAAGGAAAGCUCGCCGGUCUCUCUCAACGCAGUUCAGGAAAGCCACAGCGGGCAGCCUACGAAGGACAAAGAGGAAGACAGACGAGAGUAGCGCGACGAGGCGGUAUGCGUCCGACCCUACAUCGUCUUCGACAUCAGACGCCGCGCGGUCAGGCGACCGCGGGGCUGGAAUUCACGAGCUCUUCACACCGCCCAAGUCUGCACACCGGGCUAAUCAGAGUGUUGAGAUGUCUCGAUCUCAUGAGCAGACGCGCGAUUGCUCGUCACCCAUACCUCCUCUCUCGCGACUUUCCACCUUCCACAUGGAUAUGUCCCGUAUGGGCCCUUCUCCGCCACCAUCUGCAGGUCUUUUGACAUCCAGCCCCACCCAGUUUAGUCCCACUGCUGCGCCUUUCGGCGCCCCAGUGUCGCUGCACAGCAGGGCCGUGUCGAAAGAAGGGGCAUCCACCCUCGCCGGCUCUGAAAUGUCGGUGCCUGGACUGGCUUCUGGAGAUGAUGAUACGGACUACAGAAGCGAUGCACUGUUUGAUUCGUUCCGGACUACUGAUACCAACAGGUUGAGGAUGGUCGAGACGCCCCUGGACACGAUGUUUGAUGAGUCUUUCCCCGGUGCACCUGGCAACGUCAAGACGAAGAGAUUAUCCAUCCAGGAGAUCCUGGGCAAUUCAUGGGAUGGAAACACCCGGAUUCUCGAGGAGGACGAAGGAGGUUCGACGCCCCUGCGCGGGCUGCGCGGGCUCCGCAUCGCAGACGACACCUACGAUGCCGAGGAUCGAGCCACCGAGAUAGCCAAAUACCAGCUCUCGAUGGGUGACCGAGGCAUGGGCACGGGCAGGCUCUCGUUGGACACAACAGACGAUGACUACGACUGGGCCAGGGAUGACGAAGAGGCUUUCAGCAAUCCUCUCUCGCCACCUGUAACCUCUCUUAACCUCCGAAGGGGCCCCAGCCUUCUCCCUCUGCGGUCGGCGCUGUCCAGGAUCAGUGACAAGAGUACUUCCGACGGAUACACAGUCGCCAGUCCCAGCGAACGACCGAGGAGCAACGUAUUUGAUUGGAGCGAGCCUUCCCAGGAGAAGACCGAUGACGGGGUUUCUAGACCCAGAACCGCUCACGGAAAGCAGGAGUCGGAUCCUCGAGGGGGCCGGGCGUCCAACCGAAAAGGCUGUGCGCCUGCCCACAUACGCAGCCAGAGCGUACCAGUCGUCCACGAUGCACUGGAAACCACCAAGAAUGCUCCCAAGUUUGGAACAUGGGCCGUUGGUAACAAGAACGCCAGCGAGGAGUGGGACGACGACUUCGACUUUGACGAAGCAAGUCAUUCCGGAUCCAGCUCGAGACCUGCCAAGGGUCUCCUCAUGCGUGUGCCAGAGUCUAUCCGAGCCACGCAGCCGACUGUGAAGGCACACUCCGGCCAAAUCCGGGAACUGUCGCUGCUCGUCAGCAGUCUCAAGCGACUCUGUAGGCAGGGCCGGGAGCUGAACUUGACUGGUGGCCAAGCGGCGUCACUGUGGAAGGAGGCCGAGAACAUUAUCUCCUUGGCAUCGCCCGACGAGGAUGAAGCAGAGGAGACCGAUACGGACCGGAGUUUUUCCGAUUUCGACCCAUUGACGAUCGACGAGCGCUUCCUUGACGAAGGGUUUGAUGCUUCCACGCUGGACCGCUCAGAAGGGUCGACACACAGCACUGACCCGGACAUCCCAAAGAAUGCUGUGGUGAAGGAGAAGAAGGUGGCACGAAGACGUUCUGUCUUUUCCCCCGACGACGACAUCUUCGGCAACAACUCAUCCCUGGAGCUGCCCGCCCCCGCCACGCGGCCGCAUACACCUCGGACGCCUGAGCGCGUGAGGGAAUUCCACACACCUGACGGGACCGUCGUCUCGUCUGUCAUCGCAGCAAUGGAGCAACAGCGGUCUCAGCCGAACCGACCCCCAGAGUCGCCGCUGAAGCCGUCUACGGCCAAGCUCUUCUUUGACACAAACAGCCUCCAGGAGCUUGUGAAGCGAGCCAAUUCCAUUUUCCACACCCUGUCCGACAUCGUGCGGCGGGAAGAGCUCCUCACCAUGAGUCCGCAGGCUACACCCAGGCAUGACAGGCACAGGCGUGGUGGGAGCCCAGCGUUUACGCGGGUCUUCUCGGGCCCCGAUGAAGGGUCUCCCCGCCAUCUGGUCAAGAGCCAAAAGAGCCAUUCACCAAUGCCACGAAGUUCACUCGAAUCGAACGGCCUGAGCCAACGAAUGCAGAUGAUGACGGUUAGCUGA